GGUUUUGUACCGACCAGUAGUUUUGUUAUUUUUUUUUCUCCUACUUGCUUCGAUUUCAACCCCGGAAACCAGUAGGGAAGUUCACAUCCAGGAGGGCAGUCAAGAUCAUAAAAUGCCCACAGAAAUCGGUCCAGAUCACCAUCUUUCAUAUGAUGAUAUUGUAAAACUUACAAAAGCGAAACAAAUUUAUUUGAUAGAUGUUCGAGAACCUCAAGAGCUAAAAGAAUCUGGUGAACUUCCUGAGAGUGUUAACAUUCCCCUGAAAGAUGUGUCCAAAGCUUUAGGAGAGCUUUCAGACAGCGAGUUUCAAAAGAAAUAUAAUGCAACAAAACCUGGUCUAGAUGCACCUCUCGUAUUUUCUUGCCGUGCUGGAGGAAGGAGCCUGAAAGCAUUGCAAACAGCUCUAGAGCUUGGAUAUACAAAGGCAAAGCACUACAAAGGUGGUUUCAUGGACUGGGAGCAGCACACAAAAUCAAAGAAUUCAUAGAUAACUGCAGUACUUAGAGCAACAAA